AGACGUUUGCUGCCUUUGCACAUUUUGACUUCCGAUUGCUGAUGGCUAGCUAAAUGUGAUAAAUACAAGCAAGGUCUUUCCAAGUGAAGAAGCUGGAGAAUUUAAGAUCAUUUGAGACUUUAUCGUGCAAUAUUUUGGACCUGGCCCAGCCUUUGUGAGGAGCAGAGGAGUCUGAGUCCAGGCUGAAGAUGGUCUGAUGGACCGCCGCUUUUUGCUGACCUUCCUCUUCUGCUCAGUCUCGUGGAUUUUCUUCUGGGAAGUGUGCUGGAAGAAAGGCAAAGAAAGUCAGAUUGAAGAAUGGAUUCAAGGCCACAGUCUCUCCGAAUACAAACACUUACUUGAAGAUGUGGAGACUCUGGAGGAGCUGAGCCUGAGUGUUCUGACUCGUCUGGAGGACGUGGUGAGAGAGAAGCGGCGCUGGAGGGACAUCGCAGAGGCUCACAUCCAGCUGCUGCGAGACUUUGCCUUCCAGGAGUGGCUUUGCUCUCAAAGCCUUGAGCACUACUAUCAUACACUGAAGACCUUGGGUUGUAUGAAUCUGGAUGAUCUAGCCCAGUUUGACAGCCAGUUGCAGCUCUCUCUUGCUGCGUGGGGAUACUACUACGAAGACUACAUCAAGUUGUCCACGGGCGUCAAGGUUCUCCAGGCCUCAAGGGGGCGCCGCGACCAAGACUACGAGAUCCAACUGGUGCACAACCUUGCUGAGAGGCGGCUGAAUGAGAAGUGGUCUAUCGCGGGAGCUCUUAUAUUUGGCUGUACUGUGGCACUGUGCUUUCUGAUAAGGGACCUCAUGUUUUACGUGAUUGGUGGAAUUACUGUUUCCAUCAUAGCGUUUGUCUUUACCAUCAAGUUCCUAUGUGAGCUCGCUGCGCGGGUGGUUAGCUUCCUGCAGAAUGAUGACCCUGGGAGGAGGGGCGACCGCAGCAUUUACGACUAUGUACGGGGGAACUACCUGGACCCGCGCUCCUGCAAUGUGUCAUGGGAUUGGAAGGACCCACAGGAAGUGGGCCAAACUAUGAGCUUCCGUGUUCAGCUCUUCUAUAAGAACGGCCAGCCCUUCCCUGCCCACCGGCCCGUGGGGUUAAGGGUCAACAUCACCCACAUAGAGCUGGCCCUAGACAUCCCUGUCACCCAGGAGGUUCUGCAGGAGCCAGAGUCCAACGUGGUCAAAGUGACCUUCACUGUCCGAAAGGCCGGGCGCUAUGAGGUGGCCGUCAAACUGGGAGGACUCAACGUGGCCUACAGCCCCUACUACAAGAUAUUCCAACCAGGGACAGUGGUCCCAUCUAAAACUAAGAUAGCCUACCACUUCUCCACACUGGUCUUAGUAUAUGGCCAGCAGCAUACCCUGCAGAUUGAGCCCCGGGACGAGUAUGGCAACCCCACCAGUAACUCCACCUCACUCAUAGAUGAGGUCAACUACAGUGUCCACGUCUACUCGUUGGGCACAGUGGAUGACGACAGCCUGGAGGAGUACUACAGUAAGUCAGUGACGUCCAACAAGCACCUGUGCCAGGUACUGCUGAAGAUCACCCUUAGGAAGAAGGGCUGUUUCCGGGCACGCAUCUCCUAUAACGACCUGCCCAUCAGCAACGGGGAGUUUGACAUCAUCGUUCUCAGUGAGAAUGAGAAGAAUUGUGUGGAGAAGAACGUGUCAACUCCAGGGAUCAGCAUCUACUUUGAGGCGUACCUCUACGGCACAGGGAACUACAGUAACUACAGUAACUCCUCGUGGCAGCUCCCAGCCUCAGCUCUGAUGGCCCCUCAGAGUCGACCCUCCAUGGGGGACGAGGAGGACGAGCAUGACUCCCCUGUAGAAGACCAGCCAGAGAAGGUCAAGAAACCUAAAAAGGUCUACUGCUACAUAUCCCCAAAGCAACUGUCCGUGAAGGAGUUUUACCUGAAAAUUAUUCCAUGGCGCCUUUUUACCUUUCGAGUGUGUCCAGGGACAAAGUUCACAUACUACGGCCCUGACCCCGUUCACAAGUACCUGACUCUAGUGGUGGAUGAUGGGAUCCAGCCGCCAGUGGAGCUGAGCUGUAAAGACAGAAACAUCAUGGCUGCCACCUUCAUCCGUUUCCUGCACAAGAAUAUCGGAGGCUCGGAGACGUUCCAGGACAAGGUGAGCUUCUUCCAGAGGGAGCUCAGACACAUCCACUCCAAGAGACCUCGCACCAAGACCUGCCUGAAGAUCACACGCCACUGCAUCCUGGACUCGUCUCUGAAAUCCACCCGGAACUUCUCCGUGUCGGACUGGAGUAAGAACUUUGAGGUGGUGUUCCAGGAUGAGGAAGCUCUGGACUGGGGAGGGCCUCGAAGGGAGUGGUUUGAGCUCGUCUGUAAGACCCUGUUUGACACCACCAAUCAGCUGUUCACUCGCUUCAGUGACGACAACCAGGGACUGGUCCACCCCAACGCAGAGCGGCCGGUCCACCUGCGUCUGAAGUUGUAUGAGUUUGCCGGCCGCGUGGUGGGGAAGUGCCUGUACGAGUCAGCCCUGGGCGGGGCCUACAAGCAGAUGGUCCGUGCUCGCUUCACCCGCUCCUUCCUAGCCCAGAUCAUCGGACUCAGGAUGAACUACAAGUACUUUGAGACGGAUGAUCAGGAGUUCUACAAAAUGAAAGUCUGUGUCAUCCUAAACAAUGAUGUCAGUGAAAUGGACCUGGUGUUUGCCGAGGAGAAGUACAGCAAGUCGGGACAGCUGGAGAAGGUGGUGGAGUUGAUAUCUGGAGGAGCUCAGAUUGCUGUGAACAAUGAGAACAAGAUGCAUUAUCUGAACCUGCUGGCCCAGUACAGGCUCGCCAGUCAGGUGCGAGACGAGGUGGAGCACUUUCUCAAAGGUUUGAAUGAACUUGUUCCAGAGAACCUGUUGGCCAUAUUUGAUGAGAAUGAGCUGGAGCUGUUGUUGUGUGGUACGGGGGAUAUCGAUGUCCAGGACUUCAAGGCCCAUGCUGUGGUCGUAGGAGGGUCUUGGCACUUCAGAGAGAAGGUGAUGAAGUGGUUCUGGGCCGUGGUGUCCAGCUUCACCCAGGAGGAGUUGGCUCGCCUGCUGCAGUUCACCACCGGCUCCUCCCAGCUGCCCCCCGGGGGCUUCAGCACCCUCUGCCCCUCCUUCCAGAUCAUUGCUGCGCCCACACACAGCACCCUGCCCACCGCACACACCUGUUUUAACCAGCUGUGCCUCCCUACCUAUGACUCCUAUGAGGAGCUGCACAAGAUGCUGAAGCUCGCCAUCAGUGAGGGCAGUGAGGGCUUCGGCAUGCUCUGAUUGGCCUUAUCCCUGGAGCUCACCCCCAGACUCUUGUAUACCCCUGUUAUCCUCUCCAUCAGCUUUGGACAAUGACAACUCUCCUCGACUCACACAGACUACCCAUGAUCCUCUUUCAGUGGUAGAGGGCAUUACAGGAAACCCACAGGAUGCCCCAGAAAGCUCUGGGAAGUCCUCAUAUGUCUGCUGGCACUAUGUAUAUGCUGUACAACACUUGCUUUUCUAAUGAAGAAAGAUGAACUGGUGUAAAAAAUGCUUGAUAGUUUUCUUCUAGAUGCAAGAGUUACUUAGUUUUACAUGUUUGAGACAGAACGUAGCACUAGUUUAAGAGCCUCGUUAGCUUGAUGUCAUUUUGCUUUUUGUAAUUUUGUUUUGGAGAAAAAAAAUGAGGAACAUUUAAAUGCAAAUGCAGCCUAUACAAAGUUUGGAGUAGCUGCGCACCCAUAGCACUUUGGCCUUAACUGAUCAGGGAAGGAUAUACAGUGUGUAUAUAUAUAUAUAUAUAUAUAUAUAUAUGACUCUUUUACUUCAAUAUGUGUACAUACAUGUAAAUAGGUUUUCAUGUUAUGGCAACAGUUCAGAUCUUUUUGUUUCAUUUUCAAAGAGAAGGGACAAGUGGUACUUGAUAUUUAUAUAUUUGAGGUCACACUUUUUUGUUGGUGGGAGUUUCAUAUGUUACAGUUGAAGCCCAGCUGAUUCAUUUAUGUUUUGUUAUUAAAGUGAUACUUCAGGGUUGUGGCAAUGGGUUGUGGCAUCCCUAGAGUCAGAUGAACUUGUGGAUAACAUUUUUAUGUCUCUGUGUCCAGUGUGAAGGAAGUUAGAGGUAGUUUCACGAUCUAUUGCCAACUAGCGUUAGCGCAAUGACUGGAAGUCUAUAGGUGUGGCUCGUGAAACUACCUCUAACUUCCUUCAAGUAAAUAAAGGGUUAGGGCCUCAUUGCCAAAAUCCCAAAGUAUCACUUUAACAUUUCACAUCACCAAUUGACUUCACUGUACAAAGACAUGGGGUUUCAAAGGAACAAACAAAGUACUUGCCCAUGUCACUGUCUGUUUUAUGGACUGACUUAGGGAUUUGUGUUGUUUUCACCCAUACUGUUGAUGGCUUUUUGUUGACGAUGUUAUUCGUCUUGAUCCGUAACUGUUUUUUAGUUUUUUUAAACCUGCCUUAUUCAAACCCUUUGCCUCUGACUUUAUCUGGAGAAGUGUAUAGUUAAACGAAGCCUAGACCUGUAAAAGUAUAACAACAGAGAUAUUACUAUAACAUGACUUUCUGUUGACUGCCGGGGAGAUUUGAGAUGUGAAUAUCAAUUGGAUAUUAACCUCGAGUUCCAGCCUCUUCAACUGUUAUCUUGAUAUCGGUCAUGUCUUGUGCUCUUGACUGGGUUUACCUCUGGAUCUCCAAUUCCAUCUAUGCAUCCACUCGCUGUAUGUGUGUCUGUGUCCAUCCGAGUGCUUGUGUGAUUUUAGCUGCCUCCCUUCUGACUGUACUACCCAUAGGCUGCUGUAUUUGACCUGAGCAAGGAUACUGAGACAGGAUACACAAGGUGAAUAUUUCUUGCCUGUGUAUUCAUUGUAUUAUUGACUUAUUUCUACAUAUUUACACAGUUUUCCAAUGCUCAUGUACGUAUAAUACUGUUAAGUCAAACCAUGAGCCUACGGGAUGUUGUGAAAUAUUGGUUUAUGUUCUGAACUGCAUGUAUUCUUCUAUGGUCAUUUAAUCUCUGCAGCGAACAUUUGUACAUUUGACAAUAUGCAGUGUAUUACAGUGGGCAGCUAACCACACGUACAGGCUAUUUAGGAAAGCAUAAUGUAGAAUGCAACAUAUAGCACAAAAGCCUAAAGCAGACAGACACACACACACACAUUUUAAGCAAUACUAUUGUAUUCUUUGAAGUGUUAAAAGAUCAUUUGAAUCAUUAGCCUCACAACGCACCACAAAUGCAAACCCACGGCAGGUUAAGUUGUUGUUGUUCAACCCUCCUCACAUUUAUCAAUGUGAAUCAACCACUAAGAGAUUUACCACUUAAACGUCACAUCAUUCUUGUUGAACAGGAUACACACUUCUAACAGAAUAAUUCAACAUUAUUGGGAUCUUCUUUAGGGGGCUGUUUGUGUUAUUGGUGCUAUCCUUAUGGAGGCACAAGUCAAACUGUGUUGACAGAAGUAGAAAUGCAUUGUACUAUAGGAAUCAAGAUCUGAACUAUUCUUAUACAAACCAUGUGCAUUUACAAAAGUGUAAAUAGUUGAAUACAGUUCAGAUAAGGACAUGAUAUGAAGAUGUGUAAAGAAACAGAAGUUGUGAUUGAAAGUUAGUUUAUAUAGUCUUUCACAUUCAUAAGCAGGUCCAGCUUUCAGUGUUCAAGGUUCCAGUUCGAUUGAUUUGGGAAGCUCAGUGGUUAUUGGGGUUUGGUAUUGGAUUUUUAUCUAUGUAAAUAUUGUUAAUUAGUUGCUUAUGGCUUGGAGGGGAGAUUGUUUUGUGUAAAAUAAAAUGGCCAAACUGUUGGUCAUCACUGAUGAAUGUCAGAGUUCCUGCUCUGCAGUCCCUUUUGUUUAAUGUGAUUAAAAAAGUAUUAUUACA